CAAGGGGUUGGAGGAGGCGUUGGCUGUGUUGGAGCGGCAUCUUGCAGGGGGGGGGAAGGAGUAUCUCGCUACAGAGGGGGAAUUGUCCCUGGCAGAUUUGACUGUCGCGUCGGCGCUGUUUUGGGCGUUUAUGCACUAUAUUGAUGCGGAGAUGAGGGGACGGUUUCCCUGCGUGGUGCGGUGGUAUCUGAGGGUGAUUGGGGCGGAGAAGGUGAAGGAGGUGUUUGGGGAGCCUGACUUUGUGGCCGUGCGGAAGGCGGCGCCUGUUGAGUGAGCUGCACCAGGUUGAGUGUUGCUGGGAAGCUGAAAGAAAGGGGGUCCGGGGGUUCUCCUCCAGAACGGUAUAUCCUAUGACUUAGGACUGCAGUUACCAGGACGCUGAAAAAAAGGGGGGUCCGGGGGUUCUCCCCCGGAACGUGUUUCUUCCAGGUAUAUACUAGGGCUGAGCACCGUGUAGCCUAUAUGAUCUGCAGUGUAACCGCAGGGAAUAAAUCCUUUCGGCGAGAUUCAGCCUGUCCGUCAUGCUAUAUAGACCCUAUUUCAAGCACACUGUCCCUCCUUCCUGCUCCCAAAUGCAACAUGUCUGAACCCGAUGUACACGAUGUUCCAGCACAGCAGAAUGCCCCUCCCAAGAAGGGCCUGCGCUUCUGGCUCAUCUUCCUGGCGAUCGGGAUCGCGACCUUCGUGGCCGCUCUGGACACGUCGAUCAUCUCGACCGCCCUGCCCACCAUCACCGCCGACCUGGGCUCCGAGGAACUCUACAUCUGGAUCAUCAACACCUACCUGCUGUCUUCAACCGUCUCGUCGGCGAUUGUGGGUCAGCUGUCCAACAUCUUCGGGCGCCGCAGCAUGACCACCCUCGCACUGCUCAUCUUCGCCGUAGGCAGCGCCAUCUCCGGCGCUGCCCGCGACACGGGGAUGCUGCUCGCAGGCCGCACCAUCCAGGGCCUCGGCGGCGGCAGCAUCACCACGCUCUCCGAGGUGCUCGUGUGCGACAUGGUCUCGCUGCGCGAACGGGGCGUCUACGCGGGGGUCCUGGGCGCCGCGUGGACGCUCGCCGCUGUGGUCGGGCCCAUCAUGGGCGGGGGGUUCACGCAGAACGUGUCGUGGCGGUGGAUCUUCUACAUCAACCUCCCGAUCGCGGGCAGCUCGCUCUUCCUGAUCGUCACCCUCCUGCGGGUGCGCAAUCCCCGCUCCGACACGAGCAUCCUGCGCCGUCUGCGCACCAUCGACUGGGGAGGAAUCACUUUACUCACCCUGGGCGUGACCGCGAUCCUCCUCUCGCUGACCUGGGCGGGCACCACGCACCCGUGGUCCUCGUGGCGGACGAUCGUGCCCCUCGUCCUCGGGUUUCUAGGGUUGCUCGGGUUCAUCGCCUACGAGGCCCUGCCGCCCGAACCGACGAUGCCACUGCGCCUUUUCCGCAACCGCACCGCCGCCACGCUGUUCGUGAUGGCCUUCGUCUAUAGUCUGCUGCUGUUCUGGGUGUGCUACUUCCUGCCCAUCUACUUCCAGGCAGUGCUCAACGCCACCCCGACCCGCUCCGCCGUCAUGCUCUUCCCGGUCGCCACCACGACCGCGCCCGCCGGCAUCGUCGCAGGUAUCCUGAUGACCAAAACCGGCCGCUACCGCAGUUUCCAGUACAUCGGCUUCGCCCUGAUGACCAUCGCGUGCGGCCUCUUCACCCUCCUGGACCAGUCCACGACCACCGGGCAAUGGACCGGCUACCAGAUCCUGUUCGGGGUGGGCACCGGCAUCGUCUUCACGACCGGCCUCCCCCCGAUCCUCGCCAGUCUCCCGGAAAGCGACGUCGCCACCGGCACAGCGACCUGGAUCUUCAUGCGGAACUUCGGCGCAAUCUGGGGCACGGCCAUCCCCGCGGCCGUGUUCAACACGAAAGCGAAUACACUGGCGUCGCAGACGAUCAAUGAUCCUACGGUAAGGGCGUUGCUGGUGGAUGGAGGGGCGUACCAGCGGGCGACGAAGGCGUUCGUGGGUUCGUUCAAGGAUCGUCCCGGGGUGAUGCGGGCGAUUCGGCGGCUGUACGUCCUGAGUCUCAGGGAGGUGUGGCAGGUGAGUAUCGCGUUCUGUGGGGUGGGGUUUCUACUGUGCUUUUUGGUCAAGGCGUAUCGGUUGCGGGAGGAGUUGAAUACCGAGUAUGGCAUGCAGGCGAGGUAGACUGUCUUCACUACAACCGGAGAUUUCUUCAAUUGACGGUCUGUUCAGAUAGCUCGAUUCACAACUAGGCAGCUGCGACGUAUACUCUUGUAAGAAAGCUGUGGCCACCUAUUCUUCACACAAGUAUCUUGCCCUAGUUUCUAUUCGGUAGUACAAAUCCUAAUGCAUACAUAGAGAAAGGCUUCCC